GCUAUUUGGAGCGGUGCUGCCAGGGAGACUCGAGGGACCCGGUGGCUUCCGAGCUGGGAAGCACUGCCCUUUGGUCCCAGCUUAUUUCUCUACCGGCCUUGGCUUUGACAGUUGUUGGUGUUGGUGACUGCAGUGGACGCAUUCGGGCUUGGGUCUCUGGGGGCCGUGCCUAUGGCUGGGGACAGAGUGAGGCCGUUGCCUUGACGACGACAGCAUGCGGCCCGCGGUCCUCGGAAGUGUGAGCUUGCGGAGGGCGGAGGCCCGUCUGCCUCCCCGCCUGCUUGACCUAGGACCCGUCACUGCGUCUGCAGAAGAAAUCACAGCCCUGGGGUUGGUAGUUUGCUAGUCGGCGUCUUUCAGACCAGCUGGCGACAUGCAUUUCACCUUAAAUUUGUUUCCAAGUUGAAAACCUUUGGAUUUUUCCAGGUGGAAGGAUUUGAAGAAACACAAGAAAAAUUCUUACUGGUUUUAAAUUAAAAUGGAAAAAUAUGAGAAUCUAGGAUUGGUUGGAGAAGGGAGUUAUGGAAUGGUGAUGAAGUGUAGGAAUAAAGAUAGUGGAAGAAUUGUGGCCAUCAAGAAAUUCUUAGAAAGUGAUGAUGACAAAAUGGUUAAAAAAAUCGCUAUGCGAGAAAUCAAGUUACUAAAGCAACUGAGACAUGAAAAUUUGGUGAAUUUGUUGGAAGUGUGUAAGAAGAAAAAACGAUGGUACCUAGUCUUUGAAUUUGUUGACCACACAAUUCUUGAUGACUUGGAACUCUUUCCAAAGGGACUAGACUACCAAGUAGUUCAAAAAUAUUUGUUUCAAAUUAUUAAUGGAAUUGGAUUUUGUCACAGUCAUAAUAUCAUACACAGAGAUAUAAAGCCAGAGAAUGUAUUAGUCUCCCAGUCUGGUGUUGUCAAGUUAUGUGACUUUGGAUUUGCAAGAACGUUGGCAGCUCCUGGGGAAGUUUAUACUGAUUAUGUGGCCACCCGAUGGUACAGAGCUCCAGAACUAUUGGUUGGUGAUGUCAAGUAUGGCAAGGCUGUUGAUGUGUGGGCCAUUGGUUGUCUGAUAACUGAAAUGCUCAUGGGGGAGGCCCUAUUUCCUGGAGAGUCUGAUAUUGAUCAGCUAUAUCAUAUUAUGAUGUGUUUAGGUAAUUUAAUUCCAAGACAUCAGGAGCUGUUUUAUAAAAAUCCUGUGUUUGCUGGAGUAAGAUUGCCUGAAAUCAAGGAAACAGCACCUCUUGAGAAACGCUACCCUCAGCUCUCUGAAGUUGUGAUAAAUUUAGCAAAGAAAUGCUUACAUGUUGAUCCAGACAAAAGGCCUGUCUGUGCUGAGCUCCUACAACAUGAUUUCUUUCAGAUGGAUGGGUUUGCUGAGAGAUUUUCUCAGGAACUACAGUUAAAAAUACAGAAAGAUGCCAGGAAUACUUCUUUAACUAAAAAAUCCCAAAACAGAAAGAAGGAAAAGGAAAAAGAUGAUUCCUUAGGUGAAGAAAGAAAAAUGCUUGUGGUACAGGAUACCAAUGCUGAUCCCAAAAUUAAGGAUUCUAAAGUAAUUAAAAUAAAAGGGUCAAAAAUUGAUAGAGAGAAAGUUGAAAAAGGCAGAGCUUCAAAUUCUGGCUGUCUCUGUGACAGUGAGACAAGCCACACCAAAGCAGUGUCUUCCACAAGCCUCAGAGACAGCAGCAAUACGCACAUGGAUCACACCAGGAGUCCAGUUACGGCAAUUCCUCCACUUACACACAGUCUUUCUGCAGUUGCGCCCGGUAUUAUUUCUGGAGUAGGAACUAUCCCAGUUCAGAGUUACAGAGUGGAUGAGAAAACUAAGAAGUAUUGUAUUCCAUUUGUUAAACCAAAUAAACAUUCUCCAUCAGGAAUGUGUAAUAUUAACUUGACCACAUCAGUCUCUACUGAAAAGAGCCUCCUUCAGGCAAAUAAGAAGGGAAGGGAGUGUGCCAAGGCGGAUGUCCGCUUGCCUGAACUAAACUAUAACCAUCUCCCUGAACUGAAAGCCUUGGAAGGCAUAGCUCGAAGUUCUAGGCUAAUAAAGAAAGAGAACAAAACUGUUUUAGAAUCUCGAAUUCCUUCUCUGGCUGCUAUCGACCUGCACGCCCCCAGUAUUGCCUUGCAUCAGGCAUCAGGAUCUCCCCUGUCAGAUCAUUCAGAGACUGAUUUGCCUCGGAUGGAGCACCAGCACGGAGAAUCAUUUUGAUUCUGAACAGGAUGCUGCUCUCACCCUUGAGAUAAUGUCCUCUUGCAACAGGAGUGCUGAUAUGCUAGGAGGAGAUACCGUGGUUUUGAUGGUUUCCUUUUCAACUGCCUUUGUUUUAAGAAAAGCCUUGCAGAAGAAGAAAGAUGAAGAUUUCAAAAUGUUUCAAAGGACAAUUGAACAAGGCUGCCCCCCAGCCCCACCAACCAGGCUCCCUCAAUUGUUAUCCCAUUGCAUUUCUAAUCUACUGAUGCUGUUUCAAGAUAUGUCCAAUGAAAGAAUAGAGAUAGGAUUCUUGUUACAUGAGUGUGUAUUUGCUGCUAGUAGAUUGUAUAUUUAAAGUUAUCCAAGAUUAAAAGUUGUAAAUGAAAGGGAGUUAAACAUUGUAAAAGGUCAUGUUAUUCAUGCAUUGAACUUUGUGUGUUAUCUGUAUAAAUGUUUACAGUUGAGGAGAAUGAAUAAAGAAACUAGGAUCCAUAAGAGAAAAUGUUUUAUUUACCUUAACCAUAAAAAUACAUUUAAAGAGCUUGUUUCUAGGCAUUAAGGUGAUUUGUAACUGCUGUCCAUGGUAGAUGUGUAUCUUUGGUUUCUGUGAUUAUUAUUAAUGCUCAAUCUGUGUAUUGUGGGAACCUAGUCUCUCUGCCGAUCUUCUACGAACCACAGUAAUGCAGAUCUGGCAGAGAAACCCUUUAUUUCUAAUGACUUAGUACAACACUGGCAUUGAGUAGUUCUCUGUAUUGUAAGAUUCUGGUGCUAAUGUGAAGGAACAUGAAUGGAACAAGAGUAGAGAAGGAUACCUUGGAGUUGAGCCCUGUGUUGCUCAUUGACAAAAGGGGUAUAUGUACGAAAUAGGAGAGGGGAAGCAGGGCUACCUAUUAAUUGGGCUGGUUACUCUUCUCUGGGCCAAAUGCUAUUAAUCACCUCGCUGAAGAGGCUUUGGGGAAGGGUCAUCUGUUAUUAUGGACUCCAGUCUUGUGCACUGGUAGUUUUCGAAUGAUAAUGUUCAGAAGCUUUUCACCAAGGUGCAAAAUCCCACACGUGUUUUCUAGUGCAUAGGUCCUCAACUUUUUAGGUGGGAGGUU